UCACGACAUCUUUUUCAGAGCAUCUUCUGUUCUGCUUGCAUCGGUUCUGGUUGGACUUCCCACUGGAUCCUUCUUUUUCAACGGCAGGACAUUAAGAAGUACUUGGUAUAGUGUUGGCCAUAUUAUAAAGUAAAAGAUGUAGCCGAUGAAGUAGAGUGAUUUGACAGGCCCGAUCCAGUACUUUGUCUUCACUAA